AUGCCGACACGCUCCUCGAGCAAGAGCGCCCCGCCCCCUCUACCGACGCACGCCGACCCCGCAGAGUCGGAGCCGCGCCCGCGACGCGCGUGGCUCACGAACGGCUGCAUCCGCACCACCGUCACGCUCGUCAUCUUUGCUGCGUACUUCGCCUGGACAUGGCCGUGGUACUUCCACCACGACGCGCCCGCCGCUCCAGAACUUCCUGAGGCGGAUGGGGAGGCUACGCAUGUAGGCGCGGAGGGCGUGCUGCGUGCGCCACCGCUGCCGGGGGUGCCGAAGGGCCUGCAGACGAAGUGGGCCCAGUAUUCGCCGUGGCACCCUGUGGACGAGUACCGUGCGCCGCCUGCGGGGUGCAAUAUCACUCAGGUCAACAUACUGCAACGCCACGGAGCACGCUUCCCGAACGCCGAGGACGGCGAGAAUUAUGCCCAAGCGGUCGAGCACCUCGCUGCCGCCGACAAGUUCCGCGACAAACGGCUCAAGUUCCUCGAGAAGUACGAAUACGAGCUCGGUGCCGAUGACCUUGUACCGUUCGGAGCUGCUCAGACAUUCGAGGCGGGACAGGUCGCGUUCAAACGAUAUGCGCAUCUCGUGAACUCGACACAGAUCCCGUAUGUUCGCGCGGCCGGUGCACCACGAGUCAUCUCCACCGCCACGAACUGGACCGUCGGGUUUGCGGCGGCGAGCCACCAACGCUACCAGCCCUACCUCAAUCAGAUCAUCUCCGAAGAGUACAACAACACGCUUAACAACGACUGUCCGAAUGCGAACAACGGUUCGCACGAGAUGGGCAUCUGGAUGUCACACUUCGCGCCCCCAAUCACGAAGCGGCUGCUGAAGGGCGCGCCGGGGGUAAAUCUCACGAACGUGGAUGUGUUUAACUUGCUCGCGAUGUGCCCGUUCGAGAGCGUCGCGAAGGAGGCGCUGAGCCCGUUCUGCUCUAUGUUCACCGAGGACGACUUCCGCGCGUUCGAGUAUACCGGCGACCUCGAGAAGUACUACAGGACCGGAUACGGAGAGCCACUGGGGCCCAUCCAAGGCGUGGGCUACGUGAACGAACUGCUCGCGCGGCUGACGGGGACGCCCGUCAAGGACCGCACCACCCACAACGCGUCGCUCGAGUUCCCCCUCGAUCGCGUGCUCUACGCGGACUUCACGCACGAGAACCUCAUGGUCGCCGUCUACGCCGCGAUGGGGCUCUUCAACAUCAGCAGGCCGCUCGACCCGCGCCACCUGCCCGCCCCCGACCACCCCGCCGGACAGAAGUGGGUCGCGUCGCGCAUGGUGCCGUUCUCAGCGCGAAUGGUCGUCGAGCGGCUGGCGUGCGUGGACGCGGAGCACGGGCGCGUCGGCGAGGGUGCGUACGUGCGCGUGCUUGUGAACGACCAGGAGCAGCCGCUGGAGUUUUGUGGGGGUAAGGGCGGUCUGUGUGCGCUCGAGAAGUUCGUCGAGAGCCAAGGGUACGCGCGGAGGAGCGGCGGUGGGGAUUUUGACAAGUGCUAUUGAGAAGGUCUAGGUGCGCGGAUGGCGGACAGUUAAG